GUAAUGGAAGCAGUUUUGUAGACAAUGGGUUAAGUGAGGCUGACCCUGAGGUGCGUGCUAUUAUUGAAAUGGAGAAGGAGCGACAGCUCAAGAGCCUUGAGCUUAUUGCCUCAGAGAAUUUUACUUAUCGGGCAGUUAUGGAGGCAGUUGGCUCAUGUCUCACGAACAAGUAUUCGGAAGGAUUACCAGGUAAAAGGUACUAUGGUGGCAAUGAGCACAUUGAUGAGCUUGAAACACUUUGCCAAAAAAGGGCUCUAGAUGCAUUUCACUUAGAUGGAAAGAAGUGGGGUGUUAAUGUUCAACCAUUAUCUGGUUCUCCUGCUAAUUUCGAGGUUUAUACCGCAGUUCUUAAACCUCAUGACCGUCUCAUGGGUUUGGACUUGUCUCACGGAGGACAUUUGUCUCAUGGUUUCAUGACUCCUAAAAGACGGGUAUCAGGCACAUCCAUUUAUUUUGAGUCCAUGUCUUACCGACUCAAUGAAUCCACAGGUCUGGUUGACUAUGACAAGCUUGAGGAAAUGGCUGACCGAUUUAAACCAAAACUCAUCAUUGCCGGGGCUAGUGCUUAUCCACGAGAUUUUGACUACCCUCGCAUGAGGAAGAUUGCGGAUGCUGUUGGUGCUUUU